CCUUUUCCCCUUGUCCCAUCUGAUCAUUUCACUUUCACCUCUUGGCAGUCAUAUCAGCUGAGAGAUCAGUGGGGAUAAGCCACAAGAUCGCUUUGCUCCUAUAGAGAACUGACGGCUGCUAGCUGCUCAGUCUGAGAGACGUCGCCCCUUUGUCCGCCGUGAUCAGUGAAUUGACCUCGCAGUGAUCCAGUGAUCUGACAGGACACGCGGAUAUCUCCAACAGGACGAGAUCAGGGAGGCAUAUCAUAAGAGCUAGAACAAGACCGGUACUUAUGACAAUGCAAGAUUAUCAUUCCGAGGGAGAAGAUGAUCGAGGUCAGAACAAAGACGAUAUAUCAAAUACCAUCCUCGACCCUUUACCAGAAGAAAUCUUCCCGAGGGUCAUCAAACCUCGUAAGAGAUCACCAAAGUAUUGGCGAGCAUGGAUUUUGAUGAUGUUUGUAUGGUCUUUCACCCCUUUGUCACUACUUUAUACUAUCUGGUUCUUUCAAUUUCGAUCCCGACCCGCUUCCCUCCCUCACACCAUCUUAGCCGCUUACACCCUGACCGAAGUCGUAUUCGCCCUUUAUCAUCUUCAUCUCUUUCGACUAGUCCAAGCUCCCGGUCGACCCUCACCCCUUUCGUUAGAAUCAAGGAAUAACCUCUUCCUCCGUCUUCUUCGAGCUGGUAUAGCUUACCCCGCCCCUCCUCUACCUAUGCGUUUGGACGAUUGUGUGGAAUAUGCAGAAGGAAUGUAUCGUUCUGGUCAUCUCACCGCUGCGCAGCUACAUAGAGUCAGAGAGUGGAGAUCAGAAGGAGCUAUGGUAGCUCGACAGGAAACGACUGGGAUAAUGACUCAAGAUGAGAAAAAAGUGUUGGAUUCUUUCAGGGAGAAAGUACCCGGGGAAAGGGAGGAGAGAUUGAGGGGAGAGGUAGAGAAUGGGGUGGAGGAAGGACAAAGUGGGGAGAUUCUGUUAGAGGAAUAUGAUAGGAGAGUGGUGGAAUUCAGAGAAAGGUUAAGGACUUGGUUUCACCACGCCCCUUGGGACACGAUCCCACGACACAACGUCCUCAUGUGGUUAUCAUGGACAUGUUUCGGUCUUCCUAUUGAAACAGCUCAAGCGAAUCCAACUUGGGACAAAUUUCUUGAUAGUACUCUUGAACUGUUGGAAGAGACUACAGGUUCACAUUUUCGAGACGGUUACGAUAGAAAGGUCAAGGUUAUGAGGUUGACUUUAGAUCCUGUCAAUGUUCAACUUCGACCUUUGUUUCUCUACGCAUUGACAAAUCUAACGAAUUGGUAUUUAAGAGAUUUUCAAUAUCCUUCUGAAGGUUUACACUUGUAUCGGGAAGGGGAGAUAGACUAUCUACUCAGAAUCCCAAAUGGAUGGACCCCUACCAAAGGCCGUCAUCUGACUAACAACAUGCCAGUCAUUUAUCUACACGGAUUAGGUUUCGGUGCUCUUCAAAAUCAUUUCUUAGUUCGACAUUUAAUCAAAUCUCUGCCUACCCAUCCUAUAGUCAUCCCGUUGGCUUAUCAUACUUCACAAGCUUUCUUUCAUCCUAGGUAUCUGAAACCUUGGAGUAGAGAAGAGAUGGUAGGUUCUAUUAAAGGGAUUUGUAAACGAUGGCAAUUCUGGGACGAGGAUAGUGAAGGAGGUGGGGUCAGUUUAAUGAGUCAUUCGAAUGGAAGUGUUGGACAUUCUUGGAUAUUGAAAGACUGUCCAGCCCUCGCACGGCGGAAUGUCUUCGUAGACCCUGUGGUUUUCUGUCUCUGGGAAGGAGAUGUUUGUUAUAACUUUUGUUAUCGUAAACCUUCCACAGCAAUGGAAUUGUUAUUACAAUAUUUUGUUGCUAGCGAAGCAGGGAUUGCGAAUUAUAUUCAAAGACACUUUGAUUGGGCCGAAAACACCUUGUUCAUCGAUGAAAUCCCAAACGCUGGGGAUCCUACUAAAACAGCAUUUUUCUUAGGUGGAAAAGAUAUGAUCAUUGAUGCCAUGCGCGUAAGGAAGUAUUUAGAAAGGAACGGAAUUAAAGAAGGACUUCAUUGGGACCCACAAGGAGGUCACGGUGAUGGAUUAGUGGGGGAAGCAAGAGACAGAGUGGUAAUGUUCACCGGAACGGGUUCGACGAUGGGUUGGGAAGGAUGGUUGAGAUCAGGUAGACGAAGACAUAGUUUAGGACAAGAUGCUUCUGCUCGUCUAGGUAGCGAUUGAGAUAAGGGAGAUUUGAAAACAUCAUGUGAUGAUCAUCAUGAGUAAGAUAUAAUAAGAAUCUGUUGGAUCUAUAUGGGUGAUUAGUAGGGCUUGUUGGAUGGAUAAUAGACGUGAAUAGAGAGAUGUGAAGGUCGUUCAGAUAUAGAUGAGCAUUGGUAUGUAUGUCAGUGACUGAUUCGG